AUGGAGAGCGUUGAGAGAAGGAAGUCUUACAAUCCUGUCCAGAGAAAUACCACACGUGUUAUUUUACAGUUCCACCUCAAAAACAUCACCAGCAACACCACCAAGUUCCAUCAUGUGGUUGCAUCUCUACCACAGAAGGAAAUAGAUAAUGUAGUGGAUAUAAUAAGGAACCCGCCUGCUGCAGAUCCUUAUGGUGUAUUGAGGUCUCGUCUUUUACAGACACACUCUCUCACGGACUACGCACCUUGUGAAUCCAUCAUGUCACUUCCUUUGUCUGGAGAUAUGCUACCCUCAGCUCUGUUGUCCAGGAUGAGGGCUCUCCUUCCUAUAGAACAUCAAGAGUGCUUGUUCCUGCGGUAUGCUUUCUUGAGACAACUUCCAUCUGAUGUCAGGUCUCACUUAGUCCAUGAUAAAACCGCCGAUAUUGCCGUUCUCUCUCAACCUGCUGACGAGAUUUACCGGAGUAGUUUGUCCUCUAGUUCGACGGUGAACGCCCUGGAUUCUGUGCAUGCUGUUAUUACUCCUCCUUCUAGGCAGAACCGCCGUAAUCAGCGUUCUCAGAGAGCCUCUAUUCCAGUUACCCACCGUUCUCAAACUCCUGCAGCUUUGUCCCGCCGUUCAUCUUCACCAUCCUUUUGCUGGUACCAUGCCAAGUUCGGUUCCAAGGCCCUCAGUUGUCAAGCUCCAUGUGCCUGGUCGGGAAACUAG